CAACACGUAGCAUCUCACCAUAACGCCUCAAAUCCACUGCUCCUCUAUUUAUUUCAAAACCACUUGGAUUAAGCUCCCCCUCCGCUCCAUACCACUCGCCCAAAACCAACACGCCUUCUUUGCCUCGUGUUUCAUCACCUGGCGUUAAACUGCUUUCUUUAAAGUUAUUGUAGUUAGUUUUGCUUCUUGCGUGUCCAGCCAGCAAAAUGGGUGCCGGUGGUAGGAUGCCAAUUGACGGUAUAAAGGAGGAAAAUCGAGGCUCGGUCAAUCGAGUUCCGAUCGAGAAGCCUCCGUUUACGCUCGGUCAGAUCAAGCAAGCCAUUCCGCCCCACUGUUUUCGCCGCUCCCUCCUUCGAUCCUUCUCCUACGUGGUCCAUGACCUAUGCUUAGCCUCUCUCUUUUAUUACAUUGCAGCAUCAUAUUUUCACUUUCUCCCACAACCCUUUUCCUACAUUGCUUGGCCUGUCUAUUGGGUUCUCCAAGGUUGCAUCCUCACCGGUGUUUGGGUCAUUGCACACGAGUGCGGUCACCACGCUUUCAGUGACUACCAAUGGGUUGACGACACCGUCGGGUUGAUCCUUCACUCCGCCCUUUUAGUCCCGUACUUCUCGUGGAAAAUCAGUCACCGCCGUCACCACUCGAACACCGGUUCCAUGGAGCGUGACGAAGUAUUCGUGCCCAAACCCAAGUCUAAAUUAUCAUGCUUUGCGAAAUACUUCAACAAUCCACCCGGUCGAGUUCUCUCUCUUGUAGUCACAUUGACUCUUGGUUGGCCUAUGUACUUAGCCUUCAACGUUUCGGGUCGAUACUAUGAUCGAUUAGCUUCCCACUAUAACCCUUAUGGCCCCAUUUACUCCGAACGCGAGAGGCUACAAGUUUACAUCUCCGAUGCUGGUAUAGUUGCGGUAAUUUAUGUACUUUAUAAGAUUGCUGCAACAAAAGGGCUGGCUUGGCUUUUAUGCACUUAUGGGGUACCUCUACUUAUUGUGAAUGCCUUCCUUGUGUUGAUCACCUACUUGCAACAUACUCACUCGGCAUUGCCGCAUUACGACUCGUCUGAAUGGGAUUGGUUUCGAGGAGCAUUGUCGACGAUUGAUCGAGAUUACGGGGUGUUGAACAAAGUGUUCCAUAACAUCACCGAUACGCAUGUGGCUCAUCACCUCUUCUCAACGAUGCCACAUUAUCAUGCAAUGGAGGCCACUAAAGCAAUCAAACCGAUACUCGGCAAGUAUUAUCCUUUCGACGGGACACCGAUUUAUAAGGCAAUGUGGAGGGAGGCAAAAGAGUGCCUUUACGUCGAGGCUGACGUUGGUGGUGGUGGUAGCAAAGGUGUUUUUUGGUAUCGUAACAAGUUCUAAAGACCGACCAACUGCCUGAUAGCUGGCCGGUAAAAUCGACGUAAAACGUACUUAUUAGACUAGUGUUAACUAGGGAAGUUAAUAAUGGUAGGAAAAUGUGGAAUAGUUGCCUAGUAGUUUUAUGUAUUAAGUGUUGUAUUAAUAAACUAUAUGGUAGAAAAAAAAAUGUGCAUGUGCUAUAAUGUUUUAUGGA